AAAAGAAACAGUCAGUCGCCAUAUUGUUUUUAUAGCGAUCGUGCUCCGUGUUGGGGUGUAAACAAAUUUACUAAGUUUUAGUUAUUUUCAGUUCGUUCCGAUGGAUAUCAUAAGUCCCGUAUAAUUCAUGAACUCGUAGAUAUGAAAAAACAGGAAGUGCCAUAACCUACAACUUUAUUAUCUGGACGUUAACAUGCUAGAAUCACGAUUUGUGUAUUUGUUUUUAGUUGUUUGUUCAUCUCAAUAUGUUUCUGCUUCGGGGCCGCUGUGUGUUAACCAGACACAGAAGUGUACAACUCAGGUUCUUAGUCAAAGAAACAAUGACUAUGCCUCCUGCACCGUAGAGUAUUUCAACCAAGAGGGCUGCAACAGCAUGAGCUUCGGUCCGAUCACCUCCAACGCCCACAUCGGUGGAGUGAAGCUGAAGCCCCACAUCUUGAGGAGAGAGAUCAAACAGGGUUUGCUGAACUACAACCAAAGCUACACUGUGCUUAAUAUUACAUUCAGCAAUAUUAAAUGGAAGACAAUCAAAUUUCGUUUUGAAGAGCAAAGCAAGAAACCAUUUAAACAAACUCACUGCAGAAACAUAGUGCUGUCAAACGAAGCCCACAUAGAUGACCAGUCCGUGCUCUACUAUGACUGCUACUGGCCUGACAGUAACAACAGUGUGGUGCGCUCACAUAUACUGGACUUUGAGGCUUCGGAUGACAAUGUGGUCAACCGGGGACAGUAUUACUUCAAUGUUCCAUCGGCGCAAAUGCUGCGCAACACCGAUAAUGCAUCGAACUGGAAACCAUUUAUCUACCUCGAGAUACUCUCCGAUAAAAUCCGCCUCCACAUAAUGGCUCCACCGAAUCAAGUGAAGAUCUCCUCCUACCGCAUUCAGGUCCUCAAUGAAUGCAACGGGAAGAAGCAUGACAUAGUGAAAAGCCAAGUGUUACAGCUACAGAAUUACACCGAUGAAGUGACCUAUGAUUAUAGUUUGUUGGGGACCCCAGGGUCUUACUAUUUCAUAGUGAUCCCACAACAUGAUGGGUGCAAGGAUGGAGCGACGAAAUGCCAGGUUGUAGAGAGUCCCAGGUUCAAAAUCAACAACCACGUACAAAGCUUCAACAUCUGCAUCGCCAGCGUCUCUGCCCUGAUCGUGGCGACGCUGUUCGCGUACUACAUCGUGCUGCGGGUGCUGCGCCGCUACUGGUGCCGAGACUACCGGCUUGCUAUGGGUCAAGAAAUACCAGCCCCAACGAAAGUUGUAGUCAUCUACUCGCCGGCCAACCGCCUCCACGCCGAGUGCGUGUCGUCCCUCGUGGGCUACCUGCGCGCCGAGUUCGGCUUCGACGUGCUGUUCGACGGCGACGUCUGCGCCGCCGCUCACCAGGACCCCUACGUCUGGGCCGCGGAGACCUUCCAAAUGGCCACCCAUGUCAUGUACAUCGUCGGCCCCGCCGACCUGACCAACCAAUACAACAAUAUCUACGAGAAACCCAUCCUCAGCGCUCAUAAAAACUUGGACACCCUUCAACUUUCACUACUAAAAGCGAACAGGGGAUCUAAAAACCAAAAAGCUGUUAUCAAUGUAGUCUUUGAGUACUCUAACGGACCUAUACCGAUGGAAACUAGGCACGGGAAGACAUUCUAUCUACUGAAGGAAUGGAACAAACUGAUUUCUUAUUUGUCAAAGAAUUUGCUGCCGAAGAAACAGCUGGUGCGAACGGAGAAAGGCAGGUGUCUGCUAGAGGAUCUGACCAAGGCUAAGAAAUUGCUGAAUAGCAGUAAUUUUAAUGUGUAAAUUGUUACGGGACGAAAUAUUAGGAAAGAUGCGGGAUGUAAAUCAGAAGAUAUAGGAUACAGGUAUAUGCAAUGAAGAUUUAGGUUAACAUAUAUCGCGCGAUAGCUGUAGUUGUGGUAAGAACCAAGAACGGUAGCUAUGAUGGGAACUAGUAUUUCAUUGGUGACAAAAAUAAUAGCAACAAACAGAUUAUCUUAAACAGGUUCCUGGUUUUCAACAGAACUCAAUCGCGUUACGAAGGUGUUAUAUCGUUAGGAUCAGUGGUUUAGAUGUGGAAUUCGAUUCUCAGGCAGGCCUGAAGAAAAAAGCAUUGGUUUUUCAAUAUUAUUCAUAAAACUUAGUUUUUCGUGCUGGCAAUGUGAUCAGUAUUAGCUACAAUUAUGUUGUUCGUUGCCAUAGUCUCUUGGAUCACUGAAAUAAAAGCACGAAUAACUUUGUUUUCAUUAUCUUGUUUGUACUAAGGUGGGAUGCGAAGUUAUGCGAAUGUUUCAAGGAAAAUUGAUAUUUAUUGUCUUUUGUGUCUAAUUGUAUUGAUGUUGAACAUUUUCUAUUCGGUAUUGGGGCACUAGUAUUUGGCAUAAUACAUAUCACUACCACUACUAAGCACUCACUUUUUACCGUUAGUCAAAUUUAAAUAUGGCAACGUCAUAUCAUGUUCAUAUUUAAAUUUAACCGAAAUAUAUUUAAUGGAAAAGUUACAGUUGUUAAGCAUCCAUCAAUGCUUAUGCUUUUAGAAAUAAAUUAAUAUCAUUGAUAUCACCUGCGCUCCAAUACCCAAAAAAAAAAAAGAGAGAAAAAAGUAUGUGUUACAAACAAUAUUAUAUGAUUGUUGUUUAUAAUUGUUGUAAAUUCUUGAAGUCCCAGUUUUCAAACAUACCGCUUUUUAAAUUACUUAUUUAUAUAUUUUUUUAAAUGAAUGAACAAUUAGUAGUACAUACAUGCUCAAUAUGUUCCCUACGUAUUUUUGUACCUACUAUAAGAACAAAAAAAAUGUUUUCUCGUAUAAGCACCCGUUCACCAUUUCUUGGGUCUAUUUAUGCAGUGUGGAACUAGCUUUUUAUUACUUUCAUAAGUUAUUGUGAAUGAUGUGCAUUUGUACCUUUUUCACUAUUUGAACAUAUUAUUUCCUACAUUUGCAUACUUGAUAAAUGUGUUAAUAUGAAUAUUAAUUAUAUCGAUAAAACUCAAUUCUACUCUCUGUAUAGUCCGCAUUUAAAUCACCAUACGUAAUGAUUGUGCAUAGAAAUUAGCCAAUCAAUAUUCUAGCUAAUGACGUCAAUAUAACUGUUAUUAUAACCUUGUCAAACAAAGCGGUAUGUCUCUUUAAUUGUAUCUUGAUUCUUGACUUGUUGAUCUCAAUUCCGAAACUGUUGGAGUAACGUGUUCUAUAUCUUUAUACAAGACUUUCAAUUAAGCUCAAUAUAUACCUUUGUGAUGUAUUUUUAUAAUAUAGAAUCGUAUUAUUAU